AUGCCCUCAUACAAAGAACUCCGCGCCCAGGGUCUUCAACCCAACCCUACCGCAUAUCCUAUCCCUGCGCGCAACUCAGCAGGCGAAAGUGUUUACAUCUACCAAAGAGUCAAGUGGACCGGAAACUUCCUUGACGCUGAACUCGAGCACGUCGAAGUGCCUGCAUACAACUGCCCCUCUUUCACUACCACGGCCCAGCCUGAGCGUCUUACCUUGAAAGACACUCCCACCACAAUGCUCUCUCAUCAAUCUCCUUUGAGCAAGCAGGCUCUUGCUGUUCCUUACCCUUGCGCACCAGAGAGAGACGAGAAUGGCCAGUUCCCAGCCAGACCCGAGAACCUCCCUGCCAGACCAGAGCGCCCAACAGAAGAGACGGUCAGCGAAAGGUCCUUCGGCAAGCUCAUCUACACCGAGAGACCCCUGAACGACGACGAAAGAAUUGCUCGAGACAGUCAGCACCUUGUCGAGUUGCAGAGAUGGAGAUCGUGGGCCUCAAGGAUGCCCGAGGAGUGGGGACUCCUGGACCAAGCCGAGUACAGACAACUCAACAGCAUGAUGCCAACAGCCUCCAUGUCGCAGGUCGACAAGCCCAACAUCGACAAAGAUGCCCAAAUCAUCUUGCUCUUCGCCUUCGUCACUGCGCUCCUGUAUCUGUGGGGCAUGCCAGCAAGCCAAAUCCUCGCCAUUGUGGUUCUCCUCAUUGGCGUUAUACAAAUCAACCACCAGAACAGCCUGGAUCCCAUCGCGAUUUUUACCUACACCGCCCUGAAUCCCAUCGGCGCUCUGUAUCUGCUUGGCUACUGGAUCUUGGGAAUGAUCAGCGUCGUUGUGGUCGUACUCUCCUUCGUCAUGACCUCCACGUUGUGGCUGCUCAACCAAGUGGUUGCCUCCCUCGCAGGCGCCAACUCCGGAUCUCGCACUCUUUACCACGAUGCGAUUGCUCUCUUGGAUGUCACAAAGCAUGAUCUGACGAGGGAUAUCUCUGUAUCUCGAUUUGCCCCCUGGCUUGCUGCGGUGGUUCUCGCAUGCUUGAAUUACAAGAUGAUUCAGGAGCCCUCGACAAUCUGCCUUCUCGCUUGCUGGGCUCUCUGCCUCUUCAUAGUCAUUUGCAUCCUGUCGUCAUUCACACAGCGGCCCCCUAGCGCAGCCAUCGGCGACCCUGUCAUCCCUCCCCCUACCACCCCUCCGGCUACCCCUGCUGCUCAGGUUGUCCCUGCCCUCCGCGCAUCAACAACUCUGUCCGGUUACAGCGGUGUCACCUUCGCUGACCCGCUGUCUACUCCGCAGUCAGUCAGUACAAAGUCUUUCCCUGAGGGUCUUCGCCCGAAGCCGCUCAUAUACGACUUUGGCACGCCGACCCGAGGUCCCUUGAGCAAGGAUUUCGGUGCUCGCCGUAGCCCAGCUGACUUGUACCAAGUCCAACCGACUUUCUUCACCUCCCCACCGAGGCAGACCUUUGCCUGA